UCCAGGCCCCCGGGAGAAUGAAACCGAUGGUGCGCCGGCGAGCUUUGGCACCCAUAGCGGCACUUGCACUGGUAGUCCUCGCAUGGAUUGUGUUGAUCCACAGUUCCAUUCUCCAAAACAAUGCCUUCACAUUCCUCCGAGGUGAGCGGUCGAAAGCAGCACGUUCCCUGCGCUUUCACCCCGUCAAGGAUUCCAAGAAUGGUACCAGCUACGUGUUCAUGUCCCAGAUCCAAGACACAAAUCGGACAGGGGUCCCCGAAUUCUUCUACUUCAACACCUCCGCCUCGUCCAGAGUCUUGUGCUUUAGAGGCAACAGCACCCGAGAUGGCACCAAGAACCUGUACGCAUUUGCUGAGCAGCAUGUGCCAGGGGACGCGCUGCUUCUGCCGGGAACAACCCUCGUCUCGGAUUCUCAUUUUGAUUUCGCCAACCCCUGGCAUUCUAUGUAUAACCUCAUCCAAUUCGUCCACUGGAGGAUGGACAGCCGCUGCCAACGGAGCGAUAGAAUGUUAAUCUUCCACCGGGGGGAGAUACGUCACGAUCUGGGAGCUUGGAUCCGGAGCGUCUUGGAUUCCAACGGUGUCACCACAGGCGUGGACACAAUGAGGUACCAUCCAGAAGGCAGGGUGGUGUGCUUCCAAAGAGCAGUUGUGAGCAGGAGAGGUAUUGGGGGCGUUUCAGGGGCUGUGUUGAGGGACUUGUUCGAGCAGGUUCGGUGCCGGACCCGACAAUGGUGCGGAGUAGGCAGUGGGGUUAACGAUGACGACACGACCGUCCGUGUCGCGCUUGUGGCCCGAGAACGAGGGCGUGCCUUUGUCAACCUGAGUGAUUGGAAGCAUGCCGUCAAGCUCGUGUGUGAGGUGCGGCCCCAUUGCCAGUGGUCCGUCGUCUGGUUUUCAGCUCUUGAUUUCUGCUCCCAGGUAAAGCUGAUGAGCACAACCGAUAUUCUUGUAUCUGUUCACGGUGCUCAGCUCACCAACAUGAUUUUCAUGAAUCCUGGGAGCAGAAUUCUUGAGGCAUUUCCCCAGGGCUGGUUGCAGCUUGCAGGGAACGGUCAAUUCAUCUACAAGCACCUGGCUGACUGGGCUGGCCUUGGGCAUGAAGGCUAUUGGAGAGACGGAGGGACGGCCAAAUGCCCCAUGGAUUCUUCCAGUCCAGGACAAUGCUUCAGCCUUCAUUACAAAAACAAGCCUGUGGGAAUCAACUCGACAUUUAUUGUAAAGUGGCUGGCAGAAGUCCUGUCAAACUUUUCUUGCACAGCCCGGGCAUCUUUGACAAAACAGGAAUGCAAAUGUAGCGUCGAGCCUGGGGCUGAUGAUAGGCUAAGCUAAAUAAUAAGGCCCAUUCUCCA